ACGGGUCCAACCAAUGCGGGACAGAAAGGAGUGGCAGGGAGCCAAGCGGAGCGAUGCGCACUGUGUCUUUAAGUAACGGUGAAACGCACCAAACGGAGUCCAGCCUACAGGAUCAUUUUGUUUGUGCGCUCACAACCGUGGAAGGACCUGUUCUGCGCCUACUGUGGAUACAGGAUAUAGUAUUUUUUUAAGAGCAAGAUGCUUAUUCCUGAGCUUGGAACCAAUGGAAUAGAAUAAAAAGGGCUUGAAAACCGCCGAGUCAUGAGGUGCUUUUUACUUAUUUUUGCGUCACAGUUGAUUUUGCUGCCACUGACAGUGUGGUGCGAGCUGGUCAUCACCCCCAGCGGACCUCAUGUGGUUGUUCCCAAGAGGGGAAAGCUGGAGUUGCGUUGCCAUGACAAUUCUACAAAGUCUGAUGCCCCAUCGAGGUUGAGGUGGCAAAGGGAGAGGGCUCGCAGGCUGGAGGGAGAGGUGGAGGAGGAUGGGGUGGCUUACAUCAGGGUGUCAGCAGCACAGGGCUACCACAUGGGCCGAUAUGUAUGUGUCAACAACAGCACGCUGGAACACAGCUCCAUCUAUGUAUACGUGAAAGACCCCCAAAAUAUCUUCCAGCGCACCAUGGUGAAUCUCAUCCUAGUCCGUGCAGGUGAGAACUGCACCAUUCCCUGCCUUGUGACUGACCCCGAGGUCACCAACAUGGCUUUGGAGAGCUGUGAUGGACGACCUUUGCCCUCUGGUAUGAGCUAUAGGAGCAAUCUCCAGCGAGGAAUCAUCAUCAACAAUGCAAAAAAGGAGUUUGAAGGUUGUUAUGUGUGUGUGGGACAGCUUGGUGGAGAAAAAGUGACAUCUUUCCAAUACACUGUGGAUGUACGACUAGUGCCAGAGGUGCCUCCGGUGAUCGCACUGUCUCAGAAAGAUACCGUCAUCUUGAGGAAGGGAGAGCAGUUUGAAGUCACAUGUAGCUCCUCCAACGUCAACCCAGACUUCAGCAUCAAGUGGAACUUCCCUCUAACAGCGCAUCCAGAUGAAUCCCACACCUCACGCAUCUUGACUGGUUCCCAUGGUUACCAACGUGCCACCUCGCUUUUGAUCAGAUCUGUCAACCAAUCACAUUCGGGCACCUACCACUGCCAUGCCCGUAAUGAGAGAGGUGCCAGCUCCAGGGCGCUGCACCUGGAUGUCCGUGACCGGGGGUUCAUUACCAUGUUAGGAAGUCCAGAUCCGGUGCAGGCUGAUGUCAAAGAGGGGGAGAGCCUGAGCCUCAGAGUACAGUUUGAUGCCUACCCUGCACCCAGGUCCCUCUCCUGGUCUUACAACGGCCAGCGUCUCCUCAACACCACUGAACACGUCAUCACUGUCCACCGCCACAAAUACAGGUACAUCAGUGAGCUGAGACUGGUCCGGGUUCUUGGAUCAGAGGGUGGAAUCUACCAGUUCUCAGUUGGUCAUGAAGAUGCAGCUGUCAAUCACUCAUUUCACGUUUAUGUCAGCAGUAAACCAGUUAUCAUCGCUCAGGAAGGACCUGUUGAUGGACAGGUGCGGUGCAUCGCUGCAGGUUUCCCAGUUCCAAUAAGCUGGUACUUCUGUGAACUGCCACACACUAGGUGCUCACACCUUCCCAAUGCCACCCAGUGGGAGGCUCCAGAGGUUGCCAUGGUGACAGAAUCUGCCUUCGGUAGGAGUGAGGUGGAGAGUCGACUGAACGUGAGCAAAGAGCACGCACGCUACCACACCCUGGAAUGUGUGGCCUCCACAGACGGAGAUGAGGCCUACAUACUGUUCUCCAUCAGUGAACGAGUCGUCCCCCAUAAGCUCUUCACUCCCCUUCUAACGGGCAUGGUGGUUACAGGCGUUUUACUCAGCCUCAUUCUGGUGGUGCUGCUUUAUAAGUAUAUGCAAAAACCCAAGUUCCAAAUCCAGUGGAAGGUCAUUGACAGUAUCCAUGGCAACAACUACAUAUAUAUUGACCCGACCCAGCUCCCAUAUGACUCCAAAUGGGAAUUUCCUCGGCAGAAACUACGUUUUGGUAAAACCCUCGGCUCUGGGGCUUUCGGAAAAGUCGUGCGAGCCACAGCAUAUGGACUCUGCUCUGCUGAUACUGUUACAACUGUUGCUGUGAAAAUGCUCAAACCCAAUGCUCAUUCCACGGAGAAGGAGGCUCUGAUGUCGGAGCUGAAGGUGCUCAGUUACCUUGGAAACCACAUGAACAUUGUUAACCUGCUGGGAGCCUGCACUGUUGGAGGCCCAAUUUUGGUGAUCACUGAGUACUGUUGCUAUGGCGACCUCCUCAACUUCCUGCGAAGAAAAAGAGAGUCCUUUUUAAACUCCCAAAUUAGUGAUGGUUACUAUCGCAACGUCGUCAACCAAACAGAGCCUGUAAGAGGAGAGGUGACUGGUACAGGAUACAUGCCAAUGCGUCCUUCAGAGAAAGACAGAUCUUCUCAGUCAGAUGACAUAGAUGAACUUUCCCUGGACGCUGAAGACCUCCUCAGCUUCUCCUACCAGGUGGCCAAAGGAAUGGAGUACAUUACUUCCAAGAACUGUAUUCACAGAGACCUUGCAGCCAGAAACAUCCUGCUGACUCACGGCAGGGUGGCGAAGAUCUGUGACUUUGGCUUGGCACGAGACAUCACCACUGAUGCCAGCUAUGUGCUCCGAGGCAAUGCACGUCUGCCAGUCAAGUGGAUGUCUCCUGAGAGCAUUUUCGACUGUGUCUACACCUUCGAGAGUGACGUUUGGUCGUACGGCAUCCUGCUCUGGGAAAUCUUCUCCCUGGGUAACAGCCCGUACCCUGGGAUGCAGGUGGGAUCAGCGUUUUAUAGGAUGAUUCAAGAAGGUCACAGGAUGAGCAGGCCUGAGUUUGCCCCCAUUGAGUUGUACGACAUGAUGUUGUCUUGUUGGAAUCAUGACCCCUUGAAAAGACCUUCCUUCAGGAAACUGGUGGAAAGGACUGAACUCCUGCUAUCAGAAAAUACAAGGAAUGUGUACUUGACGCUGAGCAAUGCUCCACCUCCUCCAGAUCAGCAGAGGGCGCCACAACGGAGGCUGAGCUCAGUCUGCAGCACAACAGCUCCCACCCAGCCUUUACUGCAAAGCACCAUGGAUGUUUUCCAGGACUAUGACACUGUCUAACACACACACACACACACGAGUACACACACGAGUACACACUGCUCUGUGAAAUACUGUAUAACCCUCCCUACCUCCCAUUAUUCCCUAACCUACAAGAGCCAAACACUGUAAACUACUAACAACAUAUUAAUUUCAUACUAACUGUCUAUUGAUGGCCUUUCUCUCUCUCUCUCUCUCUCUCUCUCUCUCUCUCUCUCUCUCUCUCUCUCUCUCACACACACACACACACACACAUUCACUAUGUAAAUAUGCAGCCCUGCACCCGGCUCUCAGUAUUGGCCUCUAUCUAAUCUCUAUCUGGUAGGUAUUUGAGGUGCAUGUCCAUAUAAAGAGGACUUGAGCACUAAUCGCCCAUCAAAUACUACAUUACCCAUCUACAUCUGGGGUGAGUUUUGGCUCGCACAUGGCUUUAAAUUACAUCACUACACUUUGGCUACACAGAUGGGAGUAAAUACCUGACCUUGGGAUGAUAUUAGACUGAGUAAUAGAUAGAGAUGGUGCUUUGAGGAGCGGACUGCUGCGGUUCUGUCAGAUUUUUGGAGGAAUUAUCACAUUUUAGGAAAUACACAUUUGUGAAAGUCACAGUAUAUGACAGGAUCAGUACCAGUCUCCCAUUGGUGCCAACAAACAGCAGACUUGUUAACCUUUUGUAAGUAGUUAGCUCAGAGACUUUCUUUUUCUUUAAGCUGAGUUUAGUGAGUAUUUUCAUAUUUGCAGUACAGAUGCGAUGUGUACUUGUAUUUCCAAAAAUGCCAAAUAUUCCCUAGUCCAUCCAUGCCACACUAACUGUUUAAACCAUUUGUUGAAAGGCCUUGAAAAUAUCUGACAUCUUCAUGAAAACUGAGCCGUAGCAAAGUUAUGACAGCUGUCCCCUCUGCAUUGUAGCUUUCAAUACUGUGACACAAUAUGAAAACGUGGUGUAUUGCUGUAUGUAUUUUAAGGAUUAGCUUUAGUUGACUGUUUAGUGAAACCAAUGGCUCGAUGUUUGCGACAAAUGAUGUGCUCUUCUGACUUUAUUUCCUGUUAUGUCUGAAAUGUAUGCAAUGUAAAUACACUAGAUAUGUGCCUUUAGAUUUUUUUUUGUAUUAUUAUUAUUAACUGGAUGCAUUUGGUUUUUUCAUUUAUUGUUGGGAGAGAGGACAAAUUGUAUGCUGGAUUUGAAGUUCAUGCGGUUUUGAUACGGUUGGGUGACUUGUUAUAAUAAAGAGAGUACCUGUGACGGUUGAACCAAAGGGAAGUUUGUGUUAUUGGGUAAAAAAAAAAAAAAAAAAAAAAAUCCACACCAAAACACAACAGCAGAUACAGCAAAUGGAAAUAUUUGCAACUGUUUUUAUUUUCAAAUUGACCAAGAGGGGAGAGGGGGGUUAUAAUAAUAGCAAACUUUUUGCUUCAAAAUAUUGAUUAUUAUUACAUUUGACUUUGGGGUAGAUAAAGGAGCACAGUUCAAGAGCAGAAGAAGGGAUAUACAUACAUACAUACAUACAGGUUAGCAUAGCACCGUUUUACACUGAAUACUGGUGUUCUUAGCUUUACUUAUGUGUACAGUAUCAUACUAGAACGCUAUAGAACCAAAUUGUGUUGUGGAAAGGUGACCUGUGGAUCUGUGAGGAGGGGAGCUCACUGACUUGUCAAUAGGUUCUCAUUUCAAAUAUCCUACAUAUCGUUCUUCCAACACCUUUCGAAUUCCUUUUUUUCCCACCCGGAAUCUGCUGUUGCUAAAAAAAAAAUACAAAAAAUAAAACCCAAGAUUGCAAUGAUGAAACAUUCAGAGAUUUCUGAUUUUUUUUUUAUGAUGCAAACCCUGGAAAUAAUGUAUUUGGGAUUCUAAAUGUGGGUGUUAGCAGUGAGAGAAAUGAUUUUUUUUAAACACCCCUUUUUUCCUUUAUCAUAAACCCUGUCAAAGGUUUUCCAUAAUCAACAGUUACAACAUCCAUAAGUCUCUUUUAAAAACACCUUUACAUUCUUUGGGCUGGGUAUCAGUGACAAAUAAUCCAACUACAAACACUUCAACAUUAACCUUUUGAGUGAUGCCUUGAACACAAACUACUCUAUAGAGGAUCUACAUUUGCUAUGAGUGGGGUGGAAGACCUUGUUUCAAAUAGUAAGACCGUCAAGUAAAAAAAACAAAAACUCACAUCACUCCAAUUUCACUUCUCCUGUCAAUCUCCUCUGUCAUCUCAGAGGAUUACUAUUUGAGGUUGGUCUGAUGUGUAGUUAUUGUGAUAAGUGUUUGAAGAGCAGUCUGUCAUUGUAAAACAAUAGGCUGACAGUAGACUAAUGCUCUGCAUUGCCUAACAACCAUUCUUCACAAGUCACACAUCUUGUUUCCAUAUGAAAAUAUAACGGGUUACAGUGACGAUUAACAUGCACACAAAUGCGCUCUCACACAAACAUAUUCAAGUUGAGCUGUCCCACACAUGGGCCUGCAGAAUACUGUGCCCAACCACUGAGGAAGUUUCUUGAAUAUUACAAUUAUUUCUGUAUACUGCAACGCAAGAACUGAUUGGCUAUCAUCAGGGGAAACAAUACUGACCCCCGAGAGAUACGAGAAGUAGGAUCAAGAAGAGGAGACGCUAUAUUCGCACAAACUGCAAACACACACAUACGCACAGUUUCGACUAGACUCUGAGACGAACAAACACAUUCUAGAUGCUCCUUUGCCAACCUUUGCACUUCCUCCAAUCCAAGGCUUUACUGUUAGAUAUGGCUUACAACUGUAACACAGAGGUCAAACCCAAAUCCAUUUAUUUCCAACGAUCUGAAAUUUAAAUGGACCUGCUUCCGUCCCUGGUUUCAACUGCUGUUUGGGAACUGAGUGAUAAGUGAACUGAACUGCAUGAGGGUUUAUGAGGCCUAGGAAGAAAAGAAGGAUAAAACACUGAUGAUACAGAAGACCAUGAGAGAGUUAACUGGCAAAGUGUGUCCAUUUCAAUCUGAAUGAAAGUUGAGUUUUUAAGAUUUCUGCUCUAUCUGAAUAACCCCUCCCCCUCUGGAAUAAUUAAGGGAAAAACAACAUUUUGGCUGCCAUCUUCAGAGACUUCCCUCACAUACUAUUUUAAUAAGAAAACAACAUGAAAGGCUCUAAGAAAUCUGGGUCAAAUUUUAGUGACCAGAACAUCCUUUAUGACAUUUCUCCCUUUGGUCUUUGCAGCAUCACUGUCUAAUCCUUCAUGGUCUGGUUCCAGACUGAGGCAGAAUCUAAACUUUCCACAUUCCUGAGAGUACGAGUACCGUCCAGCAACUUCAAAUACUUACUAAGUCAAAUAUUGUAAGACACAAGGGGCAACAAACAAACAAACAAACAAACAAACAAACACAGACAUACCGUCCACAGACGCUCAGGCUCACUCAUGCACACUAAGAUUGUUUUCUCAAAAAACACACACUAUCUCGAAGAAUCACACCACAGAUUACAAACAACUAGGUCUGGACAGUGAUUUACUGUACACAACCACAUCAAGUGCUAGAGUUUGAGGAGAUUGAGGAUAUACUGUUUGUUACGUAUAGGGCUCUCUGACUGUUAAAAAAUAAUCCCUACUAUAUACACACGCAUUAACUUUAUUAGGGGUAAUAUCUUGUUGGAAAAUAUAUAUUUAUGCCUUUGAAUAGUCUGCUCAAAAUUAAAAAAAAAAAAACAACAUAACCGACUAUGUUAUUGGCACUUGGAAUCACUAAACCCGUUAUAAGUACAGUGAUCAUCCUGCAAAGAAUUCAGUUAAACUUUAAUCUAGUUUCUUGCCAAACAUAAUUUGUACUUACAAAGUUAAAAAGAUUCAUUUGUGUCUCAGAGACAGUGUUUAAAAACACAACUCCCACUAAAACCCAAGCCCAACCAUGUUUAAAACAAACUGACAGAACUUUAAAGCCUUAUUCUGGACUCUUUUAGAGAAGGGGAGGGGGGACAAGAGGUCUGGGAGAGCACACCGUUGCUCUAUCUUUAACCAGAAAACACUUGAACAAAGUAAAAAUUCUUUUUUCAAAAGCGACUAAUAAAAGCUUACACAGUUAUUCUUUCCAUGCAAUCAUAUAAAAUACUACAUUUCUGUUUCCUGUUAGGUUAUAUUGGAUAUUUACAGGGUUUUAUCAUACAGUAAAUCUGUACAAGGUCGGUUCAUUUUGACACACCUUCAGAAGAGUCCACCACUACCAUGUUCUCAGGAUUUUUGUCAGGUUUCCACAGAGACACCAUCUCCCUCGCAACUCUGCCACUGCUGAGGGAAAAGGGGGAUUUUAAUCCAUCCUGUUGCCAUGGUGACAAAUCUUGGAGAGUUCCUAGCGGACUCACUGGCUUUCCUCUUUCCUAUGAUUCGUUUCUUUCAGAUAGAGAAAGAUAGGGCAGCGACUGGCGGGGAAAAAGAAGUUUGCAACAGCCACACAUCCAAAGCAGGGGUACACAGCAGUCUCUUAGCCCCUGAUUGCCUCCAGAUAUUUUUUACUGUUCCAUUAGGCUUUACUGCGGUUGGCUGCUGACGCUGUCAGUUCUGUGUGACGAUGGGGCCUUCUGCUGUUUCUGGGGCUGUGGUUUCAGCUGCUGCUGGUGCCUCUGGUGAUGAGAUUGUUGUUGCUGCUGCUGUUGCCUCUGCUGCUGCUGCUGCUGCUGCUGCUGCUGUUGUUGUUGCUGUGGCUGCUGCUGAUGUGUAGCCUGGGUGAAAGUGCCCUGUUGUUGGAGUGGGAAAGCUGCCUGCAGAAUCAACUGGGUAGACUGGUUACUAUGGAGAAGACGAGUGCCCUGU